AUGAAGGACGGUAGCGGGAAAGAAGACACUGCACUUAAGUUCAAAAAGCCUUUCCAGACAGUCAAUCGUCCGGCUGCUACAGACCAUGACAUUCAUGAAGACUACGUGAACAAUCCACCUCAGAAUGUUGCCCAUGUACCCACGAGUAAGCGAACUCCAGGAGUCAAGGAGGGUGCUUACGAAGAAACAUCAGAGCCUGGGGUGUUGGGAGACGAGGAAAUUGGCAGAGCGAAGCAGGUUGAGGUCGAGGGAGAAAUGUUGAAUGAAAGCUCUAUGCAUCCGUGA